ACACACGCCGCGACUGCUGGCUGCUUUGGCGCGAGCGGCGAGGCAGGAACGUGAGCUGUCAGACGAGGCCGCGACCCUGAGCCCGAUACGAAGCGCGUGCACAGCUCCGCGCGGACGUAGUGGUGGUGAACGAUAGCAGAACGAUAGCGAAGGAAGACGGUGCCCGAGAAACAGGACGGAGACACUCGCAGGCGACGGUCGCGGACGACGGCCGGCAGGAAGAGCGCGCGCGAACCGGGCUAUAGCGGGCCGAUCUGCGCGAUCCGAAAGGUCGCGGGUUCAUGAUCGCCCGUCGUUAUCGUCGGAGAAUGACGAUCUGGCAGCGCGUCUGACGCGGCAACGCAACGGUAUCUCGCUCAGUACGCCGGAGGACGACGACAAGUGUCGAUCAUCGGCCGUCGGCGAUUGGUGCGCACACCGUUGUUGGAGUCGUGACAGAGGACCUGUUGUAAUUUCGGUGUAAAAAAUACGGCCAACACCAAGUCACCGCGUCCAAAGUAUAAAUUACGCGGAGACGAUAAGCGAGCGUGUGCUGUUUGUGACAGAUACGUGCACAAAGAAGUUUUAUACUGCUUGCACGAGUUCGAGACAAGCGGGACAAGAUGCCGCUCUUCGGCAAGAAAGACUCGAACAAGAAGAUCAAAAAGGACGGCAAGGACGACCGAUCGCCGUCCGUCGAGGACAAGUACAUCAUGAAGGACCUGCUGGGCACGGGAGCAUUCUCUGAAGUGAGGUUGGCGGAGAGCAAAGAGAAGCCCGGCCAAAUGUUUGCCGUGAAGAUCAUUGACAAGAAGGCGCUAAAGGGAAAGGAGGACUCUCUAGAAAAUGAAAUCAAAGUCCUGCGAAGGUUCAGUGAAAGUGUGACACCACAGAGUGGUGGCGGAUCGUUCAAGUCGGAUAGUAGUGGCGAAAAGAGAUGGUUAACACAUCCCAACAUCGUUCAGUUGCUGGAGACAUUCGAGGAUAAGCAUAAAGUCUACUUGGUUAUGGAGUUGGUCACCGGCGGAGAGUUGUUCGACAGGAUCGUGGAGAAGGGCUCGUACACGGAGAAGGAUGCGUCCGGUUUGAUAAGACAAGUACUUGAGGCGGUCGACUACAUGCACGAGCAGGGCGUCGUUCACAGGGAUCUCAAACCGGAAAAUCUCCUGUAUUACAGUCCGGACGAGGACAGUAAGAUUAUGAUCAGCGAUUUCGGCCUAUCAAAAAUGGAAGAUUCCGGUAUUAUGGCAACCGCUUGCGGCACGCCGGGAUACGUCGCACCCGAGGUUCUUGCGCAGAAACCAUACGGCAAAGCGGUGGACGUUUGGAGUAUAGGAGUCAUCUCGUACAUCCUUCUGUGCGGAUAUCCGCCGUUCUACGAUGAAAAUGACGCCAAUUUGUUCGCACAAAUUCUGAAAGGUGAAUUUGAAUUUGAUUCACCGUACUGGGAUGAUAUCAGCGAUUCCGCAAAGGACUUCAUUCACAAACUGAUGUGCGUGAAUGUCGAGGAGCGCUACACCUGCAAACAGGCCCUCGCACAUCCCUGGAUAUCCGGCAACGCGGCUAGCAAUAAGAACAUCCACGGUACUGUAUCGGAACAACUUAAAAAGAACUUUGCCAAAUCAAGAUGGAAGCAAGCGUAUCACGCAGCCACGGUCAUACGUCAGAUGCAACGGUUGGCAUUGAACAGCGGUCAGCAGCAGCAGCAGCAGCAGCAGCAGCAACAGCAGGAGGGCACAGGCACGACCGGCCCCUCCAGCGGCAACCCCACGCAAUAUCGAGAGCAAUCGCAAAUCGGCUACAAUCAGCAUACGGGGCCGCUCGGGCCGCCCUCGAGCAAUCUCAGCAACUGAAGCAGAUGCGCGAGCAAGCAACGCUCACCGUGUCGGGCUUGAUGGUUACGAAUCUCACUCCUCACUUCAUUCCGAUCACAUCCGCCGAUCACCCGCCGUCGCUAUACCUGCGCAAGAAACGCUUCAUGCUGUGGGGCAGCGCACGCACCGCUCUGUCAGCCGCUCUCUUUCGGAACAA